AGGCAACUAGCAGUACACCAAGCCUCGUGCACACUAAAACCACUUUCCGCUCUCCACCGCGCGUUUCUUAAUUAUGACAUAACCUCAAUUUUGACCGUUUUUAUAAAAAUUAAUAUUUACAUUUAAAAUGAAAAAACGCAGACAUUCUAAAGUUUCAGAAAGUGCAGAAUUAUCAGAAGCCGAUGAUGCAGAAAUCAUCAAAGUAAAUAUCCAAACGAAAUCAAGCUCACUUUCACCUAACCCCUCAGACUUGGACGAAGCCCCACCAUCACCCCCGCCACCAAAAUCAGUAGAAAAAGCGACCCCGAGUCCGAAAAAAAAGUUGUCUUCAAGCCCUCUGAAAAACUUUAUUUCGCAACACCCUGAGUUAGAGAAGGUCGCACUAGACGAUGUGGUAUCAGAAGAUGACGAUAUUUGCGUACUGGAAGUUCCUAGCACUUUAGAUUCGGAUUGUUUCAUCGGGAAAUUAAUUAAUUUCGACAAAAAAACUAAACUCAAAAUCAGUGGUAAAAAAUACAUAAUUGAGCCAAAUUUUGAAGACGUUAGACCGAUUAAUUUAAUCAGUCGUGGCAUUAAAGUAGUUAAACCUGUCGCGAAUUUAAAACUUCGUGAAUACCACAAAAAUAAACCUGACGACAAUAUUGUGAAUGUGGAUAAAUGUAAACCAACGCUUCCUGAAAAAAUUAAAGUAAGACACCCACUUUUUGGGGUUGAGUACAAAAAGAAGAUCGAGUUGAGUGAAGAAGUACAAAGGAAAUUGGACAACUCGAUCGAGAAGGCUUUGCAAAAAAUUAAGAAAAAGAAGAAAAAGAAUAAACACGUGGAAAAGGAAGACAGUCAAGUGAAGAAUAACAUAAAACCAAUUAAGCAAGAAGCAUUCACUUCGGGGGAUGAUGAACAAGAUGGACCUUUCUUUGAGGCUUUGAGAUCACACUGUGAAAAGAAAAACAAAUCUAAACACCGAAUAAAAGCUGAAGUGGACGAUCAAUUUUACGAGUCUUCUCUGGACGAGAAAAAGAAGAAAACGCAUCAAGUAUCCCCCGAAUAUAAAGACGAGAAAGAUGAGAAGAAGAAGAAACGUAAGAGUAGCUUUAAUGAGGGAUCUUCUGAUGAAAAACGAAGAAAACACUCAAGUCACACAUUCGAAAGUAACAACAGUUUUGAAGAGAAGAAACACGGAAACAAUUUGGUCAACAGUACGGUAAUCCCUGGUUUACAUUUACCACUUUUCGAUUUUGAUGUUAGUGGAAUUAUUAAUAAAGAUUCGGAAGUAAACAACGAUGAUUUGGAAGAGACUGAGCAAAGCGUAAAGAGCAAGAAGAAGAAGAAAACGGUGAAAGUGGAACCCGAGACGGAUCAUUCUGUGUCAAGUGAGGGAACGUCGCCAAAAAAGAAGAAGAAAAAGAUUAAGGAAGAAAAAGUGGAUGAGCAAACUAAUUCGUUAAUUUUUGACCUUUUGAAUAAAGUGAAGAGCGAGAUAGACAGUCCGGCGAAGCACAAGAAGAAGAAAAAAGCAGAUGGGUAAUUAACUGUAAACAUGGCGACUUUUUUAUUUUAUCAAAUGAUUUAAUGAAAUAUAUUUUCUUUUAAGUCACA